GCCGAAGUGGGCAGUGAUGCCCAUCUAUUCACUCUGAUGAUGCCAAUGUUGUCUGGCCGUUCGUCGCUGGAUUGCAAUAUUUUAGACGUGCGCGAGAAGGAUUUGGAGCUGGCGGCUAAAAUCGGCAAAACGUUGCUGGACAAGAACCGCGAUCUGCAACAGACGAACGAAAUGCUGGAACAGGAGCUGACGCUGGCUACGGACAAGGUCACGCAGUUGAAGCACGACUUGCAACAGAAAGUCAAUUUGCUGCAUUCCGUUACGGACGCCGAGUCCGACUUUUAUUACUCCAGUAAUAAGUAA